UAUCGCCCACCGCUAGUGAUGAAGAGGGAGGAGGAGGAAGCCACGAAGAGAGGAAGGAAAUGAAGAUCACGUCACGAAGAGCAGAAUCGGAGUAAAAAAAAAACGAGGAAAAAAAGACGGAGUGCUAUUUAAUGGACGCUCGUCGCCUUGACGCCACCGCGGACUCCUCUUCUACAACCAUGUCAUCGUGGACUUGUUCGGCGUGAAAAGGGGAAACGCAGUCACGCAGCUGUAGGGGAGGGGGACUUUUCUUUUUUUACAUCUGAAUAGCGGAAGAAGAAGAAGAAGAAGAAGGAGCAUUGGGAGAAUUAACAGGCAGCAGCUACAACCAAUCCCAAAAUGAGUGAGCUGGAGCAGCUUCGCCAGGAGGCCGAGCAACUGAGGAACCAGAUACGAGAUGCCAGGAAAGCCUGUGGGGAUUCGACGCUGACACAGAUAACAGCUGGUCUGGAUCCAGUGGGGAGGAUACAGAUGCGAACAAGACGCACCCUUCGUGGCCACCUUGCUAAGAUCUAUGCCAUGCACUGGGGGUCAGACUCAAGGCUUCUUGUUAGCGCCUCUCAAGAUGGCAAACUGAUCGUGUGGGACAGCUACACCACUAACAAGAUACACGCCAUCCCUCUGCGCUCCUCCUGGGUGAUGACCUGUGCGUACGCCCCGUCCGGGAACUACGUGGCGUGCGGAGGCCUGGAUAACAUCUGUUCUAUCUACUGCCUGAAGACAAGAGAGGGGAACGUCAGGAUCAGCAGGGAACUACCUGGACAUACAGGUUACCUGUCAUGUUGCCGUUUCAUCGAUGACAAUCAAAUCAUCACAAGUUCAGGAGACACCACCUGUGCAUUGUGGGACAUCGAGACGAGCCAGCAGACCACGGUGUUUUCGGGCCACACGGGCGACGUCAUGAGUCUGUCGCUGUCGCCCGACCUGCGCACCUUCGUAUCGGGGGCCUGCGACGCCUCGGUCAAGCUGUGGGACAUCAGAGACAGCAUGUGCCGACAGACCUUUACGGGCCACGAGUCCGACAUCAACGCCAUCUGUUUCUUCCCCAACGGCAGCGCCUUCGCCACGGGCUCCGACGACGCCACCUGCAGGCUGUUCGACUUGCGCGCCGACCAGGAGCUCAGCCUCUAUUGCCAUGACAACAUCAUCUGCGGCAUCACCUCGGUGGCUUUCUCCCGCUCGGGCCGCCUGCUGCUGGCGGGCUACGACGACUUCAACUGUAACAUCUGGGACGCCAUGAAGGGGGACAGAGCAGGAGUCCUGGCCGGCCAUGACAAUCGUGUGAGCUGUCUGGGCGUGACUGAUGAUGGCAUGGCUGUGAGCACCGGGUCCUGGGACAGCUUCCUCAAGAUCUGGAACUAAUACACAUACACACGCACACACAAACACUUCUGGCGAACACUAGUUGGCCAGCAUGUGUUCGCACUGUAAUGUAAGCUUCAACAAAGUGCAACAAGUGUACAUAAGACAUAGAAUGACUUAGUUUACACCAAUCACACGUGCUACCUGCAGCUGACUGCAGCUGCAAGGCUACACACACACACACACACACACACACACACACACACACACACA